AUGCGUCGCUUUGCAGCAUUCGCCGUCCUGGCCCUCGCGGCGCUGGCGUGCGCAGACGAGGAGGCCGGCGGCGGCAAGCGGCGGCGCCGGAAGCGCCCUGGCGCGGGCGGCGCACCAGGCAAGGCGGCCGCCCUAGCCGCCAAGCGACGCGCCGGCGGCGCCCCGAGCCCGCCGGCGGCGGCGCGCGGCGGCAAGGGCGGCAAGCGCGCCGGCCGGCCCGACCCCGAGGCCAUGAUCGGUUUGUUAAAAGCCUACAAAGAAGCCAAUGGCCACAUGAACGUGCCGCUCGACCACACGGCGGAGCUCGAGGGUCGCGAGAAGCCCGUGCGGUUAGGCAGGUGGCUCGCGGCCGUCCGCAAGAACGCGGCCAAAGUGAAGCCUGAAAGAGUCGCGGCGUUGGACGCCGUCGAUCCCAAGUGGCGCGGCGACUAA